GACUCCUUCCCUUUUGAUUUUUCAGCCAUGAGCAAAGUCAGUGGUUCCGCCGUCAGAGAGACUGUCAACCAGAUCAUUGCUGCCUCGCAAGAGAAGCAACGUAACUUCACUGAGACCAUCGAGCUCCAGAUUGGUCUCAAGAACUACGAUCCCCAGCGUGACAAGCGUUUCUCGGGUACCAUCAAGCUUCCCAACAUUCCCCGUCCCAACCUUUCGGUCUGUGUUUUGGGUGAUGCUUUCCAUUGUGACCAGGCCAAGGCUGCUGGUAUGGAAUUCCAGUCGGUUGAGGAUUUGAAGAAGCUCAACAAGAACAAGAAGCUGAUCAAGAAGUUGGCCAAGAAGUACGAUGCUUUCCUUGCCUCCGAGGCUUUGAUCAAGCAGAUCCCCCGUCUCUUGGGUCCCGGUCUUCACAAGGUCGGCAAGUUCCCCACUGCCGUCUCGCACAACGACCCCUUGUCUGCCAAGGCUGACGAGAUCCGUGCCACCAUCAAGUUCCAGUUGAAGAAGGUUCUCUGCUUGGGUGUCGCCGUUGGUCACGUCAAGAUGACCGAAGACCAGUUGGUUGCUAACAUCAUGUUGGCCAUCAACUUCUUGGUCUCCUUGUUGAAGAAGAACUGGCAGAACGUCAAGUCUCUUUACUUGAAGUCCUCCAUGGGCAAGCCCUACCGCUUGUUCUAAGCUUCUAUUUCUCGCGUGUUCUUAAAACUCUGACGGUUUUCAACUUUACCAACUUUGCGGACCUGGGUGCCGCAUUGAUUUGGGAGCUCGGGAAAAAAACUUUUUAAGCAAAAAUAAAAUAAAAUGGGAAUCAUCUUCUCUUUUAGUAAAAAAAAA